GUAUAUGGUAACUAUGGUUGCCGACGGGAUGGCCCCACACAUAAAUACUAUUGGCUCCGGACUCUCUAUAUCAGGCAUCACGCAAAAUUGACGCCCAACAAUCACAGCCUGCCAACAAAUAUAUCGAUUAGUUAUAUAGGCCCCUUGCUCUCCAGCCUAGCAGCCCUGGAAUUCUCUUCUUCUGAAAUGAAAUCGCAACCAGAUCCACUCCCUUUUUGGCCUGACCAGUGAUUGAGAGCCCCUUGGAUAGCCCGCUCUUCCUCCCAUAUAUCCCCUCACUGCUAUCCUAUCCCCGGAGUAUCAACAUUUAACAAGCGGUGCUUCACAGCAAUCGAUCCACUCUCUUUAUACAUUACAUAUUUGCGGUCCUUUGGCUGUAUUGGGUCCAUGCUGUGAGUUGUCACUACCGCCGUCAUCCAUCCACACCGCCAAUCGUUUCGACCUUCCAGCAUCCUCCCCAGCCUCUCGAAUAAAACUCUCAAUUCAAGCCGUGCAAUAUUUAUAUUUUCAGAAGCUGGUAUCUUUUUUGUGAUAUUAUUGUUGGAAAUAUCCACUCGGUUCCUGGCAGAAGCAAACGUACAUCAACAUGGCUGCCAUAGGACAAACCAUAGCAGUGUUCGACAAGUCGGGGAAGGUGGUGAGCACAAGCAAACAACUGUUUGGUGUCUUCAAAGAAGCUAGAUUAGCUUAUCGAGAACGCAAAGCCGAAAUCAACGCAGAGAAAGCGAUUAAGAAUGCGGAACGGGAAGCACGCCGAGCAAUGGCUAACUAUCACAUUCACGAUUCCCGAUCCGUUGCCUCCUCAAGAAGACACCCAGGAAGAUCGAAAUCAGUGGCUAGACACAGUGAAGUAGAUCGUCAUCCUUCCCACCGGUACCCUCAUGAGAUUGAUCAUGACUCGGAAUCCCUAUACUCCCACCCAGACCAUAUGCCAAAACGGGAACUCUCGCGCCACCACACCUCAAAUGUCGUCGCUGCUCAACCCCAAUAUCUCCACCCCGGCAAUCGGUCCCGUUCCGUUCCCCACGUCGACAUGGAUCUGGCAUACGGUGAAUAUCACCCUGACUCGCUAGAGCGGGUGAACUCAAACCCUGAGGAUGUGAUGGGCGGACUGGUCGCCAAAGCCAAAGGCCUUCUUGUCGAAGCCGACUGUGCACAGCACUCUGCACAAGCCACGAUGGCCCACUUACAGAAGAAUCCUGAAGCGAUGGCUGCCGUAGCGCUCACGCUAGCUGAGAUCAGCAAUCUCGCCUCGAAGCUAGCUCCAGCGGCCCUGGCGGCCUUGAAGUCCAGCUCACCAGCCGUGUUUGCACUUCUAUCCAGUCCUCAGUUCAUGAUUGCCGCUGGGGUCGGAAUUGGUGUUACUGUCGUCAUGUUCGGGGGGUACAAGAUUGUCAAGCGCAUCCAAGCCGCGAGUGGCAUGCAGCCAGAGGGCAGCACGGAUGAAUUGAUAGAACUCAACCAGGACGUUAGUCGCGUGGAGAGCUGGAGACGUGGCGUUGCUGAUUUCGAGGCGGAGAGCGUCGCGACGUCCGUUGAUGGAGAGUUUAUCACCCCGAGGGCUGCUGCUGUGUCUGGGAUCUUCCCCACCGGCCACAGCCAUUACCACCACCUUCGAUCCGAAUAUGGAGGCGGAAGUAGACGAGGAAGCGUUAGAGGUGCAGAGACUGUCAGGGAUAACGCAUCAAGCUAUACACAUACGACCCGAAGUUCCAGACGGUCAAGGCGAUCUAGUGCCCCGCCGACUGAAGCGAGUGGCAAGGACAAGAAAGACAAGAGAGACAAGAAAAAGAAAGAAAAGACGAAGAAGCCCAGUCCUCUGCGACAUCUGUUCAAGCCUAAAUGAAAAAGGCUCUUUUUUUUUCCUUUACAAAAGGAAGUAUGAAAACCACCAAUUUCUAUUUCUGUUUCUUUGCUUUUUUCUUUUCUUAUUUUUUCCCUUUUCUCAAAAAAACAUCCAAACGAGAAAUAAUGACCCGAUUUAUCCUUUUUGUUACUUAAAUUUGUUGUCUUCCAUUUCUUUAUGAAUAUAUCUUGGUCAUGUUACAUAUGUGGACCCGAUGAUUUUCAAGGCGUUUGUAUACUGUCAUUUUCUCAGAAUUUGAUACCAUGGAGCGCGAACAAGGGAUUUGGCCCUCAUCUUACUUUCUUUUUGUUUAUAUUUGAACCUAAUAUUCACCUAGCCUUUUUGUCUUUUGACCCCAUACCCUAAGCACCAAUUACUGUCUUCUGCUAUAUAUAUUUCUUGGUAUUUACAUAUGUAUGUACUAGAACAUUUUUCCUAUCCACCACUUUAGUAACAUGCGAGUCCUGAACUUGCUUGAAACCUGUUUGGUUUUACUUUCAAAGCAUUCUCAGGGUUUAAAUAGAUAUAGAGAGAGAUCUACAAUGCUUCAAUGGAGUUAUUUCAUCGAUCAGGAAAAGUUUUCUGAAAUAACUUGACGGCAACCAACACCUCAACAACCAACCACCGGCAACACACACGGGCGCCG